CACAUGUAUGGAGAGCAUCCGACCCAUUCAUCGAGUAGCUUUUCACGCACAAAGAGAAGCUGUGUAUAUCAAAAACUCUAGUUGAGCAGCCCAAGGCUUGUGUUCGUGCCCGAUAGAUACACUGACCUAGUCUCUAGCAAACACAGCUCAACUUGGCCAGCAAACAGAGAGACACAUCGACCACCGAACGCUCACUCACUGAAUCAGUUCAAAGCGCCAUCGGCGUUUCCCAUGCUGAGGCCCUUGUAGUCCGACCCUGCGGCUUCACUGCAUGGAUGGCGCAGAAAGACCCAAGGAGAUAUGCAGACACUGAUUGAGUACUGCUUGAUCGGUGCACCUGUCCUCAACCGAUGGAGAGACACUGUCAGCACGUGCAGCUGCGCUCUCUUGCGAUCCUGCCCAGAUCACAAAAAGAUGAAUUAGUGAAUGAUUCAUUCCUCGCGCUUGGGUGGGUGUGCUGUACCUGAUCCUGCGAGCGGCGACCCGAACCAUGAAGCUGGCGAGAAGACCUUGGCAUACCAGGGGCGUCUGCCGUUCUGGUCGGGUGGUGGUUGGCCUCCUGGGCCUCUUGGCAUGCAACACGAACUGCCAAACCAAAGCCUCAUCUAUCUGAGUGCCCUGUGUGGUCCAUGCAGUCGGCUGUCGUACCUGCAAGAGCCGCACGGCGAUCGGCCUCCCUCCCAGCACUUUGAUCUUCCACAAGACGACCAGUUUCCCCAACCCUGAGGAGGAGGACACAGACAAUAAGAUGAGCGAGACAUGCGUGUUUCUUGUUUGCGAACGGUCACCGCGCUCUCAUUGUUGAGUUUGGCUCUAAGGCCCUCGACCACGGACUCGAGCUCACGUCCUCUUUUACGCAAAAACUAUACAACCGGUCAUAGAUGCACGGACACAUACAUGUCUUUCAAUCUGCGUGUUGUUUCUGCGUACCUCGACCUCUGCUUGCGCGGCAUCCAAUGCUUCUCGGCACUCAAUAUCUUCAGCGUGUCUCAGGGCGUCGUCCAGCCGCUCACCUUAGAAGAAGGCAACAAUGCGACGUCUUGAAUGACAAACAUAAAGGCUUGGCGUACCAUUAUCCGGCUCAGCCUCAGAGGUGAGCUCAGAGAGCACAGCUGCGCCAGUUUGCCCUGUCUUGGAUGCCUCUAUUGUGGCCUGGAGAUUGGCAGUGACCGUCCUCAACUCGUCGUUCUUACUCUUUAACACAGAUGCCUCCUCUCGAGCCUCAUCACGCUCUCUCAGGAGCUCCUGAUGGCAUCACAAAGAGAAAAGAGGCAACUCUCUCCUUCGAUUCCUUCUCUUGUCUCACGUUCAUCUGUCGCAAAAAUUCGCCCUCCCGUGGCGUCGUGCGGUCGACGUUUCUGGGGCUUCGCGGGCUGCUGGUUGAAGAGAAUGGAAUGGCGAAAGGCGGCACAAGGGGCUUGUUUUCUUCCUUGCGGAGCGCCUUCAUCUCUUCCUUCAACUGUCGCGUCUCUCUCGUCUUCUUGUGUGCCUCCUCUUGGACAACAUCAACUUGUGUCUUGAAGUGAUACGCGUCGCCCUCUGCUGCCUGCACACGUCGCUCCAGUGCUGUUAUCUUGCGGUUGGCCUCUACCAAGGCUGCCGACUUCUCCUUCAGCGCUGUCUCCAGCUGGUGCACCGCUUCGUCGCACUCCUGGCCUGCAAAGAAGUGCAUGCAGAGAAAGCUCAAGGUCGUGUGCACACAUACAUGACGCGUACCGACAGCAGAGGCACUUGACGCCUGGGAACUUCUCCUCCUCUCGAGUGCUUGAGUGGCCCUCAGGCGGUCACAUCUGCAGACAGAGACGGGAAGAGGGCAAGGCAUCCAGUACAGUAACUCUGACAAGUGCCAGUGCCUCUUUCUCACUCCUCCUCGAGCUGCCGCUCAUUCGUUCUUGAUGUCUGCAGGUGCUUGUACAUGGUCUCGUACGAUCCGCGAAACACGUCAAACUGCUCCUUCCCGACCAUCUCCAGCAGCAGCAGCUGGUACUCCUUCUCAAAUGCCUUCCUGCGGGAGAAACAGCCAAGCGCACAAUGGCUACCAUGCGUCAUCUUGCUGAUUGCUCACUCGAAAUGUAAGGAAUCGUCGCUCGACGACCGUGAGUGCGUCAUGGUGCUCCGUGGCCAGCGGGGAUGGUUGGAACUCCGGG